AUGCCCGGAAAUGAGCACAAUGUCCGAAAACGGAAAGCAGCUUCCACAGAUUCCGCAUCAUCGUCGUCAUCGCCUGCUAACACUGCCACCGCCGCAUCAAAAGCAAGUGCAAAGCCUCAAAAACGUUCACGGCAACUCCCGUUUUGUAUGAAUCUGACGAUUACGGUCUUAGUAGCGUUCGGUAGCGUGUUCGCUUUGGUAUUCUUCUAUCCAUCUGAGGACGAUUAUGACUGUCGAACGUUUCGGUUAGUACUCUCUCACUUCAUUAAUCAUUUAUUAGCAGAUCUUCUUCUUUUAUCGGUGUUCGAUCAGGCACAGGCAGUCAUUUAA